AUGGCAACAGACUCAGCGACACGCCGGUUUGUUUGGGGGCUCGUGCUUCUCUGUGUCCAGGUUUUGCCGUUGGAGAGCAAUUUAACAAGAUCCUCUACAAAGGCGGAUGUUCUGACGCCAUACAAAGAAGGCCAUGGCCCCUCCCACUCCUAUCACCACGUUAGAGACUGCCAGCAUGUGGUCCAUGGAAGCAGAACAUUUGAGACCUGGCCCUCAGGUAGCCAUGAUGCCCUCCCUGUGGCCGAGUCCACUGUCUUCAUAUCAAACAAGCCAGGCAGGACGUCCCGCCGGGUCCACGGCCACAUGGUGUUCGUUCACGACCCGCUGAAGACCGUGUCGGUGUUGGAGCCGGGAGGGCCGGGCGGCUGUGAGAGGAGCCACAGGGUGACAGUGCAGGAGACGGCGGAGGCUGCCGGGUGUCUGUACGCUCUGAACGCCGGCUUCUUCAACACCACGACCGACGGUUGUCUUGGCAACGUGGUGAGCGACGGUAAACUGGUGAGGGACAGCCAGGGGGUGCAGAACGCCCAGUUUGGCAUCAAGAAGGACGGCAGCCUCGUGUUUGGGUAUCUGUCCCAGGAAGAUGUGUUGGACCAGUCAAACCCGUUUGUGCAGCUGGUCAGCGGUGUGAUGUGGCUGCUGAGGAACGGGGAGGUUUACAUCAACCAGAGCCUGCAGGCCGAGUGUGACAAACUGGUGGAUCAGGAGGUGUUCAGGGAUUUUGUGGAUGUGCUGUCAGCGAGGACGGUGGUGGGUCACGACGCCCAGGGCAACCUGGUCCUGUUUCAUGUGGACGGACAGACCAACGAACGAGGCAUGAGUCUCUGGGAGGUGGCAGAGUUCCUGAAGACAAACGGCGUAAUCAAUGCCAUCAAUCUGGACGGAGGCGGGUCUUCCAGCUUUGUUAUCAACAGCACGUUGGCCAGCUACCCGGCGGACAAAUGUAAAUCUGACAGCAGGUGGCGCUGUGCUCGGCCUGUCUCCACCAUCCUGUGUGUUCAUCAGCGGCGCUGCAAGCCGGAAAAAUGCAGCAAAAACGGAAAGUGUGUGGACGGACGCUGUCGGUGUCAGGAGGGCUGGCAGGGAGACGCCUGUGACUCUCUAAUGUGUCAGCCUGCAGCAUGCAGUCCUCACGGCGUCUGCACACCGGGUGGGUGUGUCUGUGAUUCUGGAUGGAGAGGAAUGAACUGCAGCGAAGAGUGCCUACCAGGUUUCUACGGCAUCGGCUGCAGACAGACCUGCGUCUGCUUCAACGGAGCGUCCUGUAACCACGUCCAUGGAAGCUGCAUGUGUCCUCCUGGUUUCCAUGGCAACUUCUGUGAACAAGUGUGUCCUCCAGGUUUCUACGGUGUGUCCUGCGCUGAGAGGUGUCAGUGUGACGAUCAGUGUCCCUGUAACCCGCUGACAGGAAACUGUGUUGUCAACAUCGACGACAGGUUAAACCAUCUUCUUUCCUCUGCAGGUCGAUGUUUGGCGAAACAGUUGUUUACAUCAUGGCAGGACCUUUACAGAGACAGACCUUCUCAGACAAAUCAAACGUGGCUGAUAGUCACCGUCACUCUGGCUCUCUUUCUGUUGAUCCGACUGGCUGUUCACCUCCUGCGGGCGAGUCGGAGGUGGUUCCUCUUCAGUUAUAGAUACUUUCCCCUGAGCAACAUCAGCAAACAGACGCCGCUCGCUGCAGCUGUACAGAGUCUGUGA